AUGCAAUUUAAGAACCAGGAGAUCAAAGAGAAUAAGAAUGCGUGCCCUGGCAUUCAUGGAUUGGCUAAUGAAGGAGAUUGGGGCAGAGAGGCGGCUGGGGAUGGCGGUGGUGGUGGCUAUCGCGGCAGAGGAGGGAGACACGGUGGUGGUGGCGGCUGGUUAGGGGGCAGAGGCUUCGGUAAGGUUAGGGGGAAUGGGGGGAAAGGUUUGGGACGGGGGUUGAGGGUGGUGGUUGGUGGAGGUGGCGCUGCUGGUGGCGGUGAGGUGGACGGCGAUCGCGGAAGGGGCAGCGGCGGUGGAGGGAGAGGAAGAGAGGGGGAAAGGGUUUCGGGAGGGGGGCGCGACUGA